AUGCAGGCAUCGGAGCGGCAUAGAAGUAUGAGUAUGUACUAUCAACCAAUUCAACAAAUUGAAUCCUAUUGUUUGCCGCAGUAUCGAAAUCUAAAUCAUCAGCUAUACAACAAUGAUGGAGUCAAUGGAACUCAAUUCUCGGCUCCAAAUUCUUCUGACUUUUACUGCACGUUGGAGUCUUCUUCUGCAGCUGGAAGUUUUGUGGUUUACAACUCUCCUUCAACUGUUAGUUUCUCGACCAACGAUAGUCCAAUGUCGCAGCAAGAUUGUCAGACGUAUCCACAAGAUCGUUAUCACUCCCCCGAUGAUACCUAUGACUCGCCGAUGAGUGGAUCGUGUGUAACCGAAGAUUUAAGUAGCUUCAAGCACAAGCUAAGAGAAUUGGAAAAUGUGAUGCUUGGUCCUGACUCUGAUAAUCUUGAUAGUUACGACAGCGCCAUCAGCAAUGGAACUGGUUUUGCUUCACUUGAAAUGGACAGUUGGAGACAAACAAUGAUAGCGAUUUCGAGUAAAAAUUUAAAGCACAUCCUUACUGCAUGUGCAAAAGCAAUUGCAGACAAUGAUUUGCUAAUGGCGCAAUGGUUGAUGGACGAAUUACGGCAGAUGGUUUCCGUUUCUGGCGAACCAAUUCAAAGGUUGGGAGCGUACAUGUUGGAAGGACUCAUUGCACGAUUGUCUGCGUCCGGGAGUUCAAUCUACAAAUCUUUACGAUGCAAAGAACCAGAAAGUACCGAACUUCUCUCUUACAUGAACAUACUUUAUGAGGUUUGCCCUUACUUCAAAUUUGGAUACAUGUCUGCAAAUGGAGCCAUUGCAGAAGCCAUGAAAAAUGAAGCCAGAGUUCAUAUAAUCGAUUUCCAAAUUGCUCAAGGAAGCCAAUGGAUUUCGUUGAUCCAAGCUUUUGCAGCUAGGCCCGGGGGGCCACCACACAUUCGCAUUACAGGUAUCGAUGAUUCAACAUCAGCUUAUGCCCGUGGAGGUGGACUACAUAUAGUUGAAAAAAGAUUAUCAAAGCUUGCUCAGCAUUUCAAGGUGCCAUUUCAGUUUCAUGCUGCAGCUAUCUCAGGUUGCGAUGUUCAACUGCAUAACCUCGGAGUUCGGCCGGGGGAAGCUCUUGCAGUAAAUUUUGCAUUCAUGCUACAUCACAUGCCAGACGAGAGUGUCAGCACUCAGAAUCACAGGGAUAGGCUUUUAAGGUUGGUUAAGAGCCUAUCACCGAAAGUCGUGACGCUUGUCGAACAAGAAUCUAACACAAACACUGCUGCAUUCUUUCCGCGUUUUCUCGAAACUAUGGACUAUUACACAGCAAUGUUCGAGUCAAUAGACGUGACUCUUCCUAGAGAACAUAAAGAGAGGAUCAAUGUUGAGCAGCAUUGUUUGGCAAGAGACUUAGUUAACAUCAUAGCUUGUGAAGGGGUCGAGAGAGUAGAACGACACGAGUUGCUUGGGAAAUGGAGGUCGAGAUUUGCAAUGGCUGGUUUCACUCCUUACCCUUUGAGUUCUUUGGUGAAUGGUACCAUAAAGAAAUUGCUUGAGAACUAUAGUGAUAGAUAUAGACUUGAAGAGAGAGAUGGAGCUUUAUACCUUGGUUGGAUGAAUAGAGAUUUGGUUGCUUCUUGUGCUUGGAAAUGA